CUGAUUAAACUCGAUCCAACUCAGGAUACAUUCAGCUCUUCUUGGUCAUAAAAAGGAAUCAUGAUUUGGAAAACGCUCUUUGGGCUUUUAAUGGCAUUGUCAUUCACAUUUAUUUUCAAAAUGGUCAUUUUCUUUGACUAUCACAAAACCCUGUGGAAUCACAGACCAGGAAAAUGUCACAUCGUGAAAGGAAUAGAGCAUGGAUCUGAGGACAUGCAGACCACCCAGUCUGGUUUAACUUUCAUCACUUCUGGAUUUAAUGCCGUCUUCAGUGGACCAGGAUUUCAAGAGUAUUACAAGAAAAAUAAUGCCAAAGGGCGGAUCAUGCUGUUUAACAUGGAGAAACCAGAAUAUGGGGUCAAAGAACUAAGGAUUAUUGGAGAGAAUUUUAAUCACAGAGAUUUCUUUCCGCAUGGUAUCAGUGUUUUGGAAGACAAAGGUACGGUGCUUCUUUUCGUUGUGGUACAUCGAGCAGAAGAAGACACUGUGGAAAAGUUUGAGUUUCUGGAAAAGACCUUAGAAUUAAAACAUUUCAAAACUUAUACAGGAACACUGGUUCACAUACUGAAUGAUGUAGUGGCAACAGGACCAGAUACGUUUUAUACAACAGACUACGCUUAUUAUCGCAAUUCUUUAGGACAUCUUUUGGAAGGCAUGAUAGGAUUUCACUUCGGUCAUAUUCUAUACUAUGAUGGCAAAGAAUUCGAAAUAGUUUCAGAAGCAACGUAUUUUCCUAAUGGGAUUGCUGGCUCAAAUGAUGGAAAACUUGUGUAUGUAGUAUCCAGUUUGGGUAAAAUGUUGCUGGUGUACAAGAGAGAGGAAAACAACAGACUUACUAAAGUAAAUAAUAUUGAGAUUGAUACCUUCCCAGACAAUCCGAUGGUCGAUCCUACAACAGGAGAUGUGCUCCUUGGAUGUCAGCCCAUAGGACAUAAAGGCUUACAGCAUGUCUCUAAUCCAGUUAACCCAGGUGUGUCGCAGGUGUUGGUGGUACACAUGGACAAGACUGGUGUUAAUAUGACAGGGGUCACGGAGCUGUUCUCAGAUGACCUUGAACUUUAUGGUUCCAGUUCAGCAACAUUAUAUAAGAACCGUAUGUUGAUUGGUACAGUGUGUCACAAAACGAUGUACUGUGAAGUUAACACAUUGUGAGACGUACAAUUGAUAUUCACCCAUGUACGACAUAUAGAAUGGUUAUGAGUUCGACCCCUUUACAAUGUUCUAUAUUGAGCUAUCUCUGUUAGCUGUAACAUGUGUAAAUAAAAUGCAGACAAUCA